GCCGGCGGGGGGGGGAAGGUGGACGUCGGCGGACGGUCCCGGGUUUCCGGGGAUGGCGGGUGUUGAGGAAGAGGAUUCACAGAUGGAACACUCAAACCCAGCAGUAUGUUAAGUUUUGACGGGCAUCUGGCCUUUGAAGGUGGGAAGGAAAGAGAAAAUCUGUGUCACCGCAACGGCGGGCACUCAUCCGAGUGCAAGUCUUCCACUGCCAUCACCCAGUUACGCAGCCGUCAGUGACAUCGCACCAUCCACAGUGGUAGGCGUGACCUGGGUGUGCGUGUGGACGUGGAUGAAUGCUUAGCUGGUUAUCCGAACCCGGAGGGAGAGACCAGGCCAUGGAGAAACCGUGGAAAUGCGGGGACUGCGGCAAGGCGUUCAGCUACCCGUCGCAGUUGGAAAACCACCACCGCAGCCACACCGGGGAGCGGCCGUUCAUCUGCUCCGUGUGCGGCAAGGGCUUUGCGCAGUCCUUCUGCCUGCAGUCGCACCAGCGGGCUCACACCGAGGAGAGGCCGUUCAGCUGCACGUACUGUGGGAAGCGGUUCCGGUGCUCGUCCAACUUGACGGCUCACCGGCGGGUCCACACCGGCGAGCGGCCCUUCACCUGCUCGGUGUGCGGGAAGGGCUUCACCCAGUCCACCACGCUGCAGACGCACCAGCGGGUGCACACCGGGGAGAGGCCCUUCGCCUGCUCCGAGUGCGGGAAGGGAUUCACCAACUCGUCGCAGCUGCUCAAGCACCAGCGGGUGCACACGGGCGAGCGGCCCUUCACCUGCCCCGCCUGCGGCAAAGGCUUCGCCCAGUCCAACAACUUGCUGCGGCACCAGCGCGGGCACGCCGGCGAGCGGCCCUUCUCCUGCCCGGUCUGCGGCAGCGGCUUCACCCACGCGUGGAACCUGCGGGCGCACCAGCGCAUCCACAGCGGCGAGCGGCCCUUCGCCUGCUCAGUCUGCGGCAAGGGCUUCACCCGCUCAUCCCACCUGCAGACCCACCGGCGCAUCCACACCGGGGAGAGGCCCUUCGCCUGCUCGGUCUGCGGGAAGGCCUUCACUCAGCCGCAGCAUCUUCUGUCGCACCAGCGAAUCCACAAGUGACCGCAGCAGGAUGGCCCGGUCACGUCCGGAUGACAGAAUCCCAAUGGUGCAGGAAGAGGCCGUUCGGUCCGUUGAGUCUGCGCCGACCAUCCGGACAGCAUUCCACCCAGACCCACCCUCCCUCCCUAGCCCUGUUACCCUGCCUUUCCUACAGCCAAUCCACCCUAACCUGCACAUCCCUGGGCACUAUGGGUAGUAAAGUAUGGCCAAUCCACCCGAACCUGCAUAUCCCCGGGCACUGUGGAUAAUUAAGCAUGGCCAGUCCACCCUAACCUGCACAUCCCUGGGCACUAUGGGUAAUUAAGUACGGUCAAUCCACCCUAACCUGCACAUCCCCGGGCACUAUGAUAAAUAAGCAUGGUCAAUCCACCCUAACCUGCACAUCCCUGGGCAUUAUGGGUAAUUAGCACAGCCAAUCCACCCUAACCUGCACAUCCCUGGGCACUAUGGGUAAUUUAGCCUGGCCAAUCCACCCUAACCUGCACAUCCCUGGGCACUAUGGGUAAUUUAGCCUGGCCAAUCUACCCUAACCUAUACAUCCCUGGACACUAUGGGUAAUUUAGCACAGCCAGUCCACCCUAACCUGCACAUCCCUGGGCACUAUGGGUAGUAAAGUAUGGCCAAUCCACCCGAACCUGCAUAUCCCCGGGCACUGUGGAUAAUUAAGCAUGGCCAGUCCACCCUAACCUGCACAUCCCUGGGCAUUAUGGGUAGUAAAGUAUGGCCAAUCCACCCGGACCCGCAUAUCCCCGGGCACUAUGGAUAAUUAAGCAUGGCCAGUCCACCCUAACCUGCACAUCCCUGGGCAUUAUGGGUAAUUUAGCACGGCCAAUCCACCCUAACCUGCACAUCGGGUUGCGCUUCGGCGGGUCGGUGUGGACUUGUUGGGCCGAAGGGCCUGUUUCCACACUGUAAGUCUAAUCUAAUCUAAUCUAAUCUAAUCCCUGGGCACUAUGGAUAAUUAGCACAGCCAAUCCACCCUAACCUGCACACCUCUGGGCACUAUGGGUAAUUUAGCAUGGCCAAUCUACCCUAACCUGCACAUCCCUGGGCACUAUGGGUAAUUUAGCGUGGCCAAUACACCCUAACCUGCACGUCCCUGGGCCCUAUGGCUUAUUUGGCAUGGCCAAUCCACCCUAACCUGCACAUCUUUGGACUGUGGGAGGAAACCCACACAGACACGGGGAGAAUGUGCAAACUCCACACACACGCGCAGUCAUCCGAGGGUGGAAUCGAACCUGCGUCCCUGGUGCUCUGAGGCAGCAGUGCUAACCACUGAGUCACCGUGCCGCCUCAAUGAAAGACAAACAUUCAAAGAAUGAGCGUAUCAUCGCCCAGGCCCAACACUUACUGCCCAUCCCUAAUUGCCCAGGGGGCAGUUAAGAGUCAACCACAUUGGCUGUGGGUCAGACCAGGUAAGGAUGGCUGCUUCCUUCCCUAACGGACACUAGUGAACCACAUGGAUUUUCCCGCCAACAAUCAACACCACUAGUCUCUUAAUUCCUAUUCCCCCAGCUGCCCUGGGAGGAUUUGAAGCUGCAUUAUCAGGACAUUAGCGGAGUCUCUGGAUUAACAAUCCAAUGAUAAAACCACUGGGCCAUCACCUUCCCUUCAGCGAUGUCGGUCACGGAUGUUACAAGCAAAACCGACCAACUGCAUGACGUCAUUUCCAGCAUCUCGAACCCUGCCAAACCUGGACAACGCCCCCAAGUGACUCAUCGACAGGCGGAGAGACACUGUGCAAACAAACACUGCAUCUGUUUGCGUGUCAAGCCGUCCAACCUGUUCUCGACAGUGUGGACUGACGUGCUACGUACGAUGGGAUGUUUGGAGUCCCACCGUCGUCCCAAAAUUGGCAAAGCCCUCACUGUCAGGAGCAAAGGUAUGUCCCGUUGUGUCGGACAUGGCUGUGCUGCCUUCCUCCCAGCAUCUGACACUUUCCCAAGGCUUUCUUGUUAAGUUGGAACAAGGAGCCCUGAAUGUUAAAGAGGGCCUUGGGUUGUUGAGCAGUCGCGGGUAAUGACAGCCUUGUAGCUGCUUUGGAUCCGACACAGAGGGUCCCGUUCUCCUACUGCCCCUUUGCGAUUUUCUGUCGGACUGGAUGGGGCUUUGCUCACAUGAAUACUGACCGAGGUUUUGAGCACUAAAACACCACCGGACAAAAUGCUUUCAUGAACUUUGUUAUCUCUGACUCAGCAGUGCUUGUGAAACGGAACUCUGAAUCAAUUCUGUCUCUAAUGUCAAGGCACGGUUCCACGCCACCACAAUUUCUUCUCAAUCUGGAAUUGGUAGAAUAAUUUGCCUUGCUUUUUCAACGAGUUGGACGGAAGGGUCUGUUUCUGUACUGUCCAACUCUCAGCACUUAAGAGCAAGCAUUGACAGUACACAAGGUCUAGUAAGCAAGAUGAACCAAUCUAGGUCAGCCAGAGGAGAGCUGGGAGAACGGAUCAGUUCCAGUCGCCUGGAUCCAAAAGGCCCUCAUUGAUUACGGGAAAACUGCAGCAGCUACAGGGGGCAUCUCACUGAGCGUGAGGUGGGGGUCAGGUUUUGAAAUGCGCUUAUCGACUUCAACCUGGCUGGAAACUCACCCUUCUCUGCAAGCUGAUGGGAUUCACCUCCUUCACACACACCCCCCCCUCCCCAUACCUAAACCCAGUCAUCUGUGCAAAAAUGCUCCAGACUGUGUAUGACCCCCCCCCCCCCAGAGUAAUAAUUUUUUUUGGAGGGGGAUGGGGCACAAACAAAGGAGGGGGGCAAUCAUGAGGGGGGCUUGUUGAUGGGUAGCGGAGUGAUGAAUCCUCAGCUAACGAGCAGACAGGGAGAUUAUCAACGGAUUAACUUGGACUCUGGUUAUGAAUGUGGUACCCUUCGGAUUUAUUCUGGCAAAUUAUUGGUGUAAUACAACUGGAACAAAACUGGCAAAUUAUUGAUGUCAUACAACUCUUGAGUGUUAAUGGAAACGAUUGGGAUUUUAAAAAACAACAAUUCGCCUCCUGACUUAAUGCAAUUGGCCACUAAUUCAUUCUGCUACAGAAAAUAUGUCAUUAAUUAGAUUAGAUUCCCAACGGUGUGGAAACAGGUCCUUCGGCCCAAUCAGUCCACACCGACCCUCCAAAGGGUAACCCACCCAGACCUAUUUCCCUCUGACUGAUCAAACACUACGGCCAAUUCACCUGACCCGCACAUCUUUGGACCCUGAUGAAUCUUUUUUUUUCCGAUCUGUUCAGUUGGCUAGGCCAACAUUUAUUGCCCAUUUUUAAUUGUCCAGAGGGCAGUAUUUCGGCAGGUCUGGGGUCACGUGUGGACCAGACCAGUAAGGAUGGCAGAAUUUCUUCACGAAAGCACAUUAAAUGCACGGUGAACGUCCUCUGCAAGUUCAUUCCACACCCAAACCCCCUUGUGUUUAAAAACAAAAUUGUCCCCCAUGUCUUUUUCCCAUCUUUUUCCUUUCACCUUAACAAUAUGUCCCUCGGUCUUGAAUCUCCCCCCACCCCCCAGGGAAAAGACAGCUGUCUUAUCUCUACCCCCUCAUGACUUUAUAAACCUCUUAGGCUCCAGUGAACAGAGCCCCCAACCUCUCCUUUAUAACUCAAACCCUCCAACCCUGGCAACAUCCUGGUAAAUCCAGCUUAAUAAUAUCCUUCCUAUAACAGGGCGAGCAGAACUGGAUACAGUACUCCAGAAGAGACCUCACUGACUUCCUCCACAUGACGUUGCGACUCCGAUACUCAAAGCUCUGAGUGAUGAGAGCAAGCGUGCUAAAUGCCUUCUUAACCUACCCCUGCCUAUACCUGAAUGAUAUACCUGAACCGCUAGGUGUCUCUCUCUCUCUCUCUCUCUCUCUGUUCUACAGCACCAGCCAAAGCCCUACCAUUAACUCUUUAAGUCCCAUGCCCUUGUCCGUUUACCAAACUACAACACCUCACAUUUAUCCAAAUGAAACUCCCCCUGCCCCUCCUCAGCCCACUGACCCAAUUGCUCGAGGCCUCUUUGUACUUUGCGGGAACCUUCUUCACUGUCCACUACACCAUCAAUCUUGGGCGUCAUUCCCAAACUGACUGACCCAUGCCUCCUGUGUGAAUGACCUAGAAGGAGAUUGUCAGCAGAAUUGAUGACAAGUUACGUGACCAUCAUUCGGCUCUUAGUUCUAGAUUUUUCAUUCCUUCUUUUACCAACUUCUCGUUUCGCCGUCUGCUGUGGGAGGAUUUGAACUCAGGAUCGCCAGAACCCGACCUGUAUCACUGAAUUAAUAAUCUAGUGAUAACAGCACUCAGCCAUUACCUCCCCUCUCCCUGACCACAAUUAAAAUUGAACUGUACAGCACAGGAAAGGACCAGUUGUGCCCAACGUGAUGGAAAAUUAAACUAAUCCCUUCUGCCUGUCCUUGGUCCAUAGUCCUUCCAUAUUCAUGUACGUAUCUAAAAGUCCCUUAAAUGCCCCUAUUGUAUCUGCCUCCACCACCAUCCCCUGGCAGCACGUCCAGGCUCCUAUCACUCCAUGUGUAAAAAAAACACGCCCCUCACAUCUCCUUUGAGCUUUCCUCUCUCACCUUAAAUGCAUGCUCCCUAGUUUUAGACUAUAGGGAAAAAAAAUUUCUGAUGGUCAGCUCUAUCUAUGCAUCUCAUAAUUCUCUCGACUUCUACCUCCCAUCAGCCUCCACCGCUCCAGAGAAAGCACUCCGCGUUUUCCUCGCCCCUCCUUAUAGCUCAGACCCUCUAAUCCAGGCAGCGUCCUGCUCUGCACCCUCUCCGAAGCCUCCACGUCCUUCUUGUAAUGCGGUGGCCAGAAUUGAACGCAAUACUCUGUAAGUGUGGCCGAGCCGAAGUCUUACAAAGCCGCACCAUGAUAUCCUGACUCAGGCACUCGAUUCCCCCGGCCAACAUUUGCGAGUGUGCCCUAAGCCUUCUUUACCACCCUACCCACCUGCGUGGGCACUUUCAGGGAGUGGUGGACUUGAACCCCAACAUUCCUCUGUACACUGUUCAGCGUUCUGCCUUUAACUGCACACUUCACAUAGAGUCAUAGAGAUGGACAGCAUGGAAACAGACCCUUCGAUCCAACCCGUCCAUGCCGAUCAGAUAUCCCACCCCAAUCUAGUGAUCUCCCAAAUUGCAGCCCCUCACACUUACCUGGAUUAAACUCCAUCGGCCGUCUGUCCACCUGUAUCUGCGACUCUGUCAUGCCUCAGAAUCUUGAGGUGACUGUUUAUUCACCCAGUCAGAUCUUGGUCCUCGAGACAGCAGACAUUUAACGUGGUAGUGCCCUGAUUAUGAAUGCACAUAUCUCCUGAAUAUGAGGAAGCUGAUGACCAUCUCCGAGCAUCGAUCGCCGAUCCGACACAGGAGUCUGAUUAUAAACAUAACUGAAGCUUAAGCACGAAUGCAUCAUGGCGACGGAUACUGACACAAAACGAAUCCUGGUUGUUGAAGACUCUCUGAAAAGUCAACAAAAGGUCUUCGAUUUCGCAGGUUGGUUUUGGAGCAGCGAUGGGACACCAGGGAGAUGUUUUUUAAGGGACCUUGCAGCUAUCAGGCUCCCUGAGAGCUUGUACCCACCAAGAUUUUGCUUCACAAUCCCAUUGGAAUUCCCAUCACUCAGUGUGGAAAGCCGUGACUCCUGCUGUGUUUUGCGAUUGUCACAGCCUGAACACUGAAAUCCUCUCUCCCCUUUUCUCUCUCUCCAGUAGUGAGGUCACACCUGGGGUAACGUGUAUCGUUCCGGUCUCCUUAGUUGAGAAAGGACGUACUGGCACUGGAAAGGGGGAGCAGGGGAGGUUCACAAGGUUGAUUCCGGAGUUGGAGAGGAUUGGCUUAACUGGGUAGACUGGGACUGAACAGAACUUCGAAGAAUUGGGGGGGGAUGGGGGGAAUCUUAUAGAAACCCCAAAAAAAUCAAGAUGGGCCUGGAUAAGAUAUAAGUGGGGAGGUUAUUCUCGCUGUGGGGUGAAACUAGAACA